AUGCCUGUAAUUCCUUCAGGGUUCGAAGGUGCGCCCGUCGAUAGGCGGUUGUCUAGCGCGAAUGAAGCUGCCAUUAUGGGCCUGCCAACAGUUUUGUUGCGACGUCUGCCACGAAAUACGACUCUUGAGGCGGUCCGCACGAUGCUAUUAUUUGCCAAAGACCUACAGGACACUGAGAUCAUUCCGAACGAAUAUGAGGAAGAUGCUGGCUUCACUACCGCGAUCGCUCGAUUUGGUUCCAUGGCUGGGGCAACUGAGGCACAAACCAUGCUUGAUGGCAAGUCGAACACGGCCGGGCAGGCCAAAAUGAUCGUGGAAAUAACGAGCAGUCCGUCCCUGGCCGCAGUGCCUCGACGCAAUACUAUUGAUCCCCUGGCCAGUCGCAAAUUAGGCCAAUCGGUGUCACCAUCCAUGACCAGUGCUCAGAAGUCCUCAAGAUUCAAUGGCACCUUUCAGUCCAUGGACAAGACAUCUCCUCCUCCUGUGGGAUCUCCACCGGAACUAGUGUCGUCAGAUACCAGUUCACAGCUGCAGACAAUCUUCUCACCCCAAUCGCCGGUACCGAGCGGCCUGGCCGAUCGCCCUCGAGCCAGUGGAAAGAAGGUGAUCAAUGAAGAUGGUACCGACGAUGAUACGGGCGAUCUGCUCAAGGAUCCCCUGGCGUAUCUGAACAGCUCGUCAAGCCACCCGAGCGGCAAAAAACCGACAAAUCCGCACAUGCUUAACGCUGCCUUCUCAACUCUCUCACUGAAUACCAAUAUUGGUAACGGGGCAGCCUCUAAUUAUGCAUCUCCCCGAUCUGCGGUCGGGUCUCGCACGCCCCAUUCACAAUUUCCUGGAAUGGGGCUCAACGGCCACUACUCGGUCCCUUCUCAACCUUACCUACGACAUAACUAUCCGCCUGUCAACCCGGCCGACCAGAACCCACCCUGUAACACUUUGUAUGUGGGUAACCUCCCAAUCGACACCUCGGAGGACGAGCUCAAAGCCAUGUUUUCCAAGCAGCGCGGGUACAAGAGGCUGUGUUUCCGCACCAAACAGAAUGGACCCAUGUGUUUUGUGGAGUUUGAAGACAUUUCCUUUGCAACCAAGGCUCUGAAUGAACUAUACGGAGCGCAGCUCCAUAACAGUGUCAAGGGAGGAAUUCGACUGAGCUUCUCGAAGAACCCCCUGGGAGUGCGAGCAGGUCAGCCCGGGAGCAACAACCCAAGCACGCCCCUCAGCGCCACGGGGCCGAUGAGCGCGAACGGAUUCAGCAAUGUUGUCUCCCCUGGUGGCUUUUCCACGGCCAGCGGACCACCGCCAGGCUUGUCGGUUCCGCCGGGACUCAAUAUGUCCCUGGCCGGAAUGAAUGGCGCAAGUGUUCCACCGGGGGCCUUUGUGCACCAGGGGUUCCCCCAGGGAAGCGGCCCGGCGCCCAAUAUACGAGGCAUGUCGAUGAAUAGCGGAACCCCAGGACCGGCUGGGGCUGGAGGAAUGUAUCCCGACUACAUGCUCGGAAGGUGA